GCACGAUUUUAUUCAGGAAAAUUUAUCAAUACCAGAGGGCUAGGGGAGCGGAGCGAGUUUGGUGGCGGCAGCAGCAGCAGCAGCAGCAGCAGUACCACCAGUAGCGGUGGCACCAUCCUCAGUGUAACAAGCAUCCUCCGCCUUUUCUCUCCCCCGAAGAGACUGUCUGUCCGUCCGUCCGUUCGCUCGGUUAUAAACCUCAAUAGAGAAAACCAAGUAAGAGGAGAGAAAAAAAUCAAUUUUUUCUCACGCGUAACACACCGCGGAUUUCCGGCUAACUAGAUAUCAUGGCAAGCGAAGGCGGUCUUGGGCCGGAUGCGGCGGCGGGUGCCGGAGGCGAUGGAAUCGUCGGGGGCCCCAGAACUCCCCAACAAAUUGCCUCGUCCAAGAGGCUGCAGCAGACGCAGGCACAGGUUGACGAGGUUGUCGAUAUAAUGAAGACGAACGUCGAGAAGGUCUUGGAGCGUGAUCAAAAAUUAUCGGAACUCGACGAUCGGGCUGACGCUUUACAGCAAGGCGCAUCACAGUUUGAACAACAGGCAGGAAAGUUGAAGAGGAAGUUCUGGCUACAAAAUUUAAAGAUGAUGAUUAUAAUCGGAGUCAUUGGUCUCAUCAUACUUGCCAUCAUCGUUGCAAAAUUCAUGCCGGACAGUGCGCCACCCGUUCAACAACAACCCUAUCCUUACUUACCGCCGCAACAAGGAAUUCCACCAUCUGGUCCAGCGGGAGCUCCCGCACCUGGUGGACCUGCGGCAGCUCCUUCAGGACCUCAGACCGCAAAUGCAGCGCUAGUCGGGACACUGAGCGGUGCUCACAAUAUCAUGUAAGAUUAAGUCGAACCGCGUACGCGUUGUAUUUAACACGAUAUCUUAUAUUAAAACACGUCGCAAUUAUAAUUACAACUCUGGGGAUUCUUAUACUUUGUUAGAAAAUUGUUAUGAUUUUCAUCGAAUGAAGGGAAUGAAAAUUUGGCCCAUUGAUUUGAUUUCGAGACAAAGUCAUGUUCGUUGUAUGCGUUAUUCGCAAAUCGCAAAUUUUCUGUGGCCAGUUUGAUCGGUGAGUGUAUAAUAAAUAUUAGAAGUGACUUACUAUCUUAUUGGAAGAUUCAUUCCUGACGUUUAAGUUUAACCAAAGUUUUUUAUUUUACGCGAUCGCUAUUCUAUGUUCGUAUUAUGAGUACGUAAUUUUCCAUCGUCUUCUCUAUCGUUAUUUUCUUCGAUUUAUCACUGAUUUAAUUCAAUAAAGCAGAAUAACUCACGCACGUGCAUCCAUUUAGAUGCGAUUGUAGAAAUAAUGAUUAUUGCCAUUCUUUUACUAAUAUCGUUAUCGAUAAUUGAGACAUGUGAGAAUGGAUAAGGACGAAGGACUUUAAUUUCCUUCGAAAAUUGGCUUGAAACUAAUUUUGAGAUAUACGCGAGACGUUGUUGAAAAACGCGGUAUUACAAAAUGUCAAUAAAACAAUAUAAUGAAAUUAAUUAGCAACACUGUAUUACAUGCAUAUUAUAUUAUACAUACAUACAUACAUCUGUGUAUACUGUCGCUGAAUAUAAUCAGUAAUCUUGUAAAGAUUUAGUAAUGAAGAAUAAUGAGAGGAAAAUGGUUUGAAGUUGAUUCAUUAUAUAUACGUCGUCGAUAUAUGUUGAUAGAAAAAUAUGAUAUUGUGAGUGACUAUAGCUGUGGGGCAUGGUAUUAAUUUUGAAUAUAAUAACAAUAUAUUUUAAAGUUUUCUUAUUAUUAUUAAUACUGUAGAAUGUAAAGUUUUGAUGGACAGCGACAUAUAAUACUUAUUAUGUGCAUAUGUCAUUGUAGUAAAGCCUGUAAUUAAUGAUAUUAUAUAUAAUAGUGUUAUACGUAUACAUAUUUCAGAGUGUUGUUCAUUUUCUCAAGUUUUUGCAUAAUAUUACACAUUGAUAUAAUAUAUACAAAUCUAGUUUUCAAUCAUUUGAAUACAAUCAAUUAUUGUUCUAACUAUGGCAUUAUCUUUAUUAUUAUAAGAUAUUAUGUAAUCCAAUUACCACUGAGCAGGCCUAUAUUAUGUAUUCGAACACCCAAAUAAUGCUUGAAAACACCCUAAUACCACUAUAUAAAUCAUCACUACAAAGUAUAGUAAUAAUAAUUAUACUUGAAAAUACGAAAAAUACGGUCGCGUAUGUAAUAUGAUAUUAAUUUGUUAAGAGAGAAUAUUAUAGUAAUAUUCAAAACGUUGAUUACAUGGAAUUACGCUGUAAUUAUACAUACUUCUAUGAAAUUAGGGACUAUAAAUUAUGCUAUUUUAAUGUUUUAAUUAAUUCUAUGAAAACUUACGAUUAUAAUUAAUUAAAACGCUACGAUCGUGUAACUCGAUUCAUUCUGAUUAUACAAAUUGAAAAGAAAUAAUAAUCAUGAACUAUUAAAUUUUCAAUUUAAAAUUACAACGCUCUAUACGGCUAAUUGAUUUUCGCUUUCAUAUUACCUUGCAUAUUUAUAUCUAGUAAGCGUUAUAUUGAUAAAUACAGUUAACCAAUAGCUAUGAUUGUAAAAAAAAAAAAAAAACAAAGAAAAGGAAAUGAAUGUAACUUACUCAGACUAAUGUUAAGUAACAUGAAAUGUAUACUAUA